UUCCUCACAAGUCACAAUUCACGCAUCCCCAUGAAAGACUUCCCAGUUCUCUCCAUGGACAAGCUCAAUGUCUGAGCAGACAGACCCAUGAUAUCAAAGCCUUGAUAGAGAAUGCGACGGGUUUAGAGUUUAUCUUUUUGUGGGUAAAUAGGCAGGGGAAUUCGGCUGCUCACUCGCUCGCUAAGUGGGGUUCUCAAUCUUUUUCCGGCUUCUUUAAGUCCAAUGAAUCUUCCUCAAAGUUUUUCUAGCCUAGUGCUCUCAGAGAGGCCUUAAGUUAUUUUUGUUUGGUGUUUUGUCUUUUGUUUUGCUUUCUGCUUAGGGCAGCUAGUCUGUGUAGCUGUUUCUUGUUUGUUAGGUUACGUUUCAGCAACAAAAAAAGGGACCCAUGAUGCCGAGAUAGAAGUUAUGGGCGGUGGAAAAUCUCAAUCUGUCGAGGAUUUGUAAAGAAUUUGCUUGAAGAAAUCAAGAGGAGGAGGAGAGGCAAUGGCGGUGCGAACGAGCAAUAGGCUGCAGAGGCGGCCAAAAAUGUACAGAAGGACGUAUAUGUACUAUACAAGUAACAUCAGGAAGCAAAAGAGCAGGAGCAAGAGCAAGACCAGCAGGACUACCGCAUCUGAGAUUCUCAAAAUGCUGUGUGUCCACACUACUCCCAAUAAUGAGGAGGAUUACACGGAGAGUUCUUCUGGAACAGAGAAUGAAGAAGAAGAAGAAGAUUUAAUGAGACCCUCCAUGACUAUGAGUCACGAUGAUGAUGAGUUAUCAUCUCCCAAUCGUAGUAGGAAGAUUAAUAUGGAGGAGACUAAACCAACAAUACCUAAAGCAAUGGCAAGAGAAGAAAAACGGUUGUGUGUAGUGUCUGAUGAUGAUGAUGAGCAGCAAGGUACUUCUACUACUUCAGUAAAGAAGAAGGCUGGUCAAGAUGAUGACAUGGUUCAUAAUAAUAAUGGGAAUGAUGUUGACAAUAAUGACAUUGACUCAGAUGAUGAUAAAGGUGAAGUUGAAGGUGAAGAUGAGGGAGAGGAUGCAGUCCAAGGUGAUGAUGAACAAGAGGGAAGGAGGAGAUAUGAUCUCCGAAAUUGUGCAGAUUUAAAAAAACUGUCUAUGGAAUUAGAAGGUACUUCAGUAGAGAAGGCUGAUCAAUAUCAUGACAUGGAUAAUAUUGGGAAUGAUGUUGACUAUAAUAUUGACGCAGAUGUAGAUGAUGGUCAAAAUGAAGACAAUGAUAAAGUUGAAGGUAAAGACGAUGGAGAGGAAGCAGUCCAAGGUGAUGUUGAACAAGAGGGAAGGAGGAGAUACAAUCUCCGAAAUGCAGGUAUACGAACACUGUCUAUGGAGUUAGAAGGUACUUCAGUAGAGAAGGCUGGUCAAGAUCAUGACAAGGUUAAUCUUGGGAAUGACGUUGUCGAUAAUAUUGAUGCCAUCUCAGAUGAUAAUCAAAAUGAAGAUGAUGAUAAAGGUGAAGGUGAAGGUGAAGAUGAAGGAGAGGUUGCAGUCCGAGGUGAUGAUGAACAAGAGGGAAGGAGGAGAUAUGAUCUCCAAAAUCGUGCAUAUGUUCAAGAACUGUCUAUGGAAUUAGAAGUUGAGGGUGAAGAUGAUGAGGAUGAUGGUGAAGGAGAGGACGAUGGUGAUGAUGAAGAAGAGGGAAAAGAAGAACAAGAGGGAUUGAGGAGAUAUGAUUUGCGAAAUCGUGCAGAUAUACGAAGACUGUCUAUGCAGGAAGAAGGUAAGCCAUGUCCAAGACCAAUAAGAUCUCCUCAAAGAGUAUUACACCAAGGAAUGGGAAUUAAUUAUAAGGUUGGUCGGGGUGUAAGGAACGGUAGUGGAUCAAGAGUUCAUAAGCGUCCAGCUGAAGAUUCUUCUGAUGAUUCUUUUCUUGUGGAUGAGCUGGACCAAGGCCCUGCAGUAAUUCCCAGCGGUGGGGGAGGUGGUGGGAGCAGAUCUGGACUUCCUUGGCUUCUUGGGGGACUAGAAGAGAUGCAUGGGACAAGUACAGUAUGGGGAUUGAAUGAUGUUGCUGCAUAUUUAUCAGGUUGGGAUCAUCAGAAUCAAGGUGAUGCUUUUACUGCUGGCCUGAGCUCUAAGGUAGGGGCAGACAUUCAAUCUUUACAGGUUGAUGAUCUGAGUGUUAGUUUUAAUGAUAUUGGUGGGCUUUCUAAUUAUAUUGAUGCUUUGAAGGAAAUGGUUUUCUUUCCCUUAUUAUAUCCAGAUUUCUUUGCAAGUUAUCACAUCACCCCACCAAGAGGAGUAUUGUUAUGUGGUCCUCCUGGCACUGGGAAAACAUUAAUUGCAAGAGCAUUAGCCUGUGCUGCCUCAAAGGCCGGCCAGAAAGUGAGUUUUUACAUGCGUAAGGGAGCUGAUGUUCUAAGCAAAUGGGUUGGUGAGGCCGAAAGACAAUUGAAACUACUUUUUGAGGAAGCACAAAGGAAUCAGCCCUCCAUCAUUUUUUUUGAUGAAAUAGAUGGACUUGCUCCUGUGAGGUCUAUCAAACAAGAACAAAUUCAUAAUUCUAUUGUGUCUACGUUGCUUGCUUUAAUGGAUGGUCUUGAUUCUCGUGGACAAGUUGUUUUAAUUGGAGCAACCAACAGGAUUGAUGCCAUUGAUGGAGCCUUGCGACGCCCUGGUCGAUUUGAUCGUGAAUUUAACUUUCCUUUGCCUGGUUAUGAGGCACGUGCUGAAAUAUUGGACAUUCACACUCGAAAAUGGAAACAUCCUCUUUCCGAGGAACUAAAAUUGGAACUUGCAGCUUGUUGUGUAAGCUACUGUGGAGCUGAUUUAAAAGCUCUGUGCACUGAAGCUGCCAUCUGUGCUUUUCGUGAAAAAUAUCCUCAGGUUUACACUAGUGAUGACAAAUUUGUGAUUGAUGUUGAUUCAGUAGAGGUUGAGAAGUAUCACUUUAUUGAGGCCAUGUCAACAAUUACCCCAGCUGCUCACCGUGGUGCUGUUGUGCACUCUAGGCCACUAUCUUCAGUAGUUGUGCCAUGUCUACAAAGACAUCUUCAGAAAGUCAUGAAUACUAUAUCAGAUAUAUUUCUUCCAAUUGCAAUGUCAUCAGAGUUGACCAAGCUUUCUAUGCCCUCCUAUAGUUUUGCUGCUGUCUAUAGGCCCCGACUUCUGAUUUAUGGUGGUGAAGGUACUGGGCUGGAUAAUAUUGGGCCAGCAAUUUUACAUGAAAUGGAGAAAUUUCCUGUUCAUUCCCUAGGACUUCCGUCUCUUCUUUCAGAUCCUAGUGCAAAGACACCAGAGGAGGCACUAGUACAUAUAUUUGGUGAAGCAAGGAGAACUACUCCAUCAAUACUCUAUUUGCCUCAGUUCAACCUUUGGUGGGAUAAUGCACACGAGCAGCUCAGGGCUGUCCUGCAGACUUUGCUGGAAGAACUGCCUUCUGACUUACCUAUAUUGUUACUUGGAACAUCCUCAGUUCCACUUGCUAAAAUUGAAGAUGUGCCUUCUUCAGUAUUUUCUCACCGUUCAGUCUACCAAGUCAGCGAACCAGCCACCGAAGACAAAUCAUUGUUUUUUGACCACUUAAUUAAAGCUGCUUUGUCAGAGGGCAUGACAAAAAAAUCGCCCAAGUCAGCCUCCCAGCUCCCUGAACUUCCCAAGGCACCAAAAUUGCCAAGUGGUCCAAAGGUAUCUGAGUUAAAAGCCAAGAUAGAAGCUGAGCAGCAUGCCCUUCGCCAAUUGCGGAUGUGCCUUAGAGAUGUUUGCAACCGGAUUUUAUAUGAUAAACGGUUUAGUGCCUUCCAUUAUCCAGUCUUGGAUGAGGAUGAGGAUGCUCCAAACAACCGUUCAAUCAUCCAGAACCCUAUGGACAUGUCUACUCUACUUCAGCGUGUGGAUUCUAAGCAGUAUAGUACGUGUUCAACAUUCUUGCAAGAAAUAGAUCUCAUUGUAUCCAAUGCCAAGGCUUACAACGGAAAUGAUUAUAACGGCGCUAGGAUUGUUAGUAGAGCUUACGAACUUCAAGAUGCAGUGCAUGGGAUGCUUUCACAAAUGGACCCUGCAUUGGUUGCAUACUGUGACAAGAUUGCUGCCCAAGGUGGUCCUGUGCAUUUGCCAGAUGAUAUGGCAGGUUAUACUUUUACUUUCCCAUCAUCUAACCCUGUUGUGCAGCUGGGAAGUACUGUUAGCAGAGCAAGUGCACUACUUCAUAAUGUCCACCAACUAGAGGUUAAUCUGGAUCAAAGUUAUGAUGGGGCAAUCAUGAAACGACCAAAGAAGAAUGCUGAUAUUGCUACACUAGCUACAGCUUCAACAGCAGAAGAUAAGUCAAGGCAUCAUCAAGAUUCACAACUGCAGGCAAAGUCAUCUAAGGAACCUGAUCAGACACAUGACACAAAUAAUCCUGAAAGGCCAGAAACCUCUUCUGCUGAUGGUAAUCAGCAUGAAACUUCUGCAGAAGAUGUCAUAAUGUCUGAUGGUGAUAAUAUUUCAAACCAAGUGGAAUCUGUCAAGCUGCUUUUUGUGGAGCAUACAGUUAGCUACAACAUUCCACAGCUUGAAAGGCUUUACACACGAAUAAUGAAGGGUGUUUUUGAAACCAAAGCCAAAGUAAAAGAUGAUCUUAAGCCUUCAAUUUUGAAGUAUUUGUUGAAAUUUUCCGAGGAUGAGGCAAAUUUCUGAUGCGCUUACAUACAGUUUCAAUUGACGUUUCCUCUAUAUGUAUGUGAAGUUGAGAUAGUUGUAGAGAGACAAUACAUGCAUUCAUUGCUAAUUUUAACAUUGUAUGGGUGACCACUUGAGUAAAGAAGCUAAUAUAUAUUUUCAUAUUUACA